GUAGCCCGCAAGCGUCAGAUCGAUCGUAACCUAGCAAGUAGCUAUGUCGUGACUGAGCAUGCUGCUAACGACCUUUGCAGGUCAAUCUAGAAGCAAACAUACAUGCCUUUGAGACUUCCUACCUCUCUGCUCAACCAGAUGCAUCCUCAUCGCUGCCUGCAUUCGGCAACAUCGUCAAAGGCUACGACGCCUACCUCAAACCGCCUGCAGCCAGCUCGAGCUCGAGUGCCAUGGCCGAUCGAAAACGCAACAGACUGAGCGGCAUACCCGCCCAGGACGUCAGAGAAGACGAAAGAUUAUUCAGUCGCUCGUCAGAUACGUACGAAAAGUCCCUCGAAUUCAAGCAGAGGGAAGCAGAGACAGCUUCUUCUGAAGAUGAGCGGCACCGUCGCAAGAAGUAGUCGCACCGACUUUGCGUGCCCGUGUUAUUGUUGUACAUUUGCUGUUGCACACGAGUUGAGAAAAGGACG